AUGAUCGAAGAAUCUUAGUAACAUUAAUUAAUUAAAAAUUAGUAUAAGGAAUCUUUUAUUAAGAAAUAUUGAAAUAUUAGAAUAUCUAAAUUUCUAAAUAUCUGGUUAAAAGGAAGUAAGACAAAAAUGUGUUCGUACAUCAGUUCCUUUAUCUUACACAGUUGAGACAUGUAUAGUUUCUCAAAUAUUUAGGGUAUGGGCCCUACGUUGUGAAUUAUCACCUAAGUAGUUGGGUAGCUUAUCAUUUUACAACUGAAUUUAAGGCCUUUUGGUGCCUAACUUUAAGAAUAUCUUAAUCUCUUGACAUGGAAGUAUCAUAAAAACCUUCUAUAUAUGUUGAAAUCAGUGAAUUAAAUUAAUCAUACUAAUCGUUCAACAUAAUUAUUACUUGAGAAAAAAGUUAACCUUUUAAGUUUCAAAAUUUACAUGAAAUGCGUUAAAACAAAGACAAUUGUUAGUCAAUUUCUAAAAUGUUAGAGUUGUUCAACCAGUAACUAAAAUUACUCAUUCUUACAUUAUUGUCAUGGUUAAAUUGACCCAGUUACUUAUUUUCCGAAAUUUUAAUUGAUUGAGUCUUCCUAUAAAGAAUUAAACAUUAAUUUUUUAGUUGACAGAAUAACAAUUACAUAAACCUUAUUCAAUUAGAUUCAAUCUAUAGAAACACUAAUAGAAAUAAAAUUUAAAGUUUGA